ACUCUUACUCAAAGGUCACAGGAGCCUGAUUCUUUAAGUCUGACCUGUAGCUGCCAACUGCAUCCAAGAAGAAAGGCUUCUCUAGGAAUAUUGCCCUGGGUUCAGUGAGUUAUCCUAAUGUUUUUAUAAUGGAGAAGGAGGCAAGCCAGCUGGAGAAGGACCAUGUCCAUCAUGUGUAUGAGAAAAUUGCUCCUCAUUUCAGUGACACACGCUACAAAGCUUGGCCAAAGGUACAGAAGUUCAUUUCAAAUCAAGAACCAGGCAGCCUGAUUGCUGAUAUUGGCUGUGGAAAUGGCAAAUAUCUCCAUAUCAAUUCAAAAGUCUAUAAACUGGGCUGUGAUUACUGCUUCCCUUUGGUAGAGACAGCAAGAAAUGAUGGCCAUGAAGUAAUGCUAUGUCAUAGCCUGUGCCUACCAUAUCGGAAUGAGUGCUUUGAUGCUGUCUUAUCCAUUGCUGUUGUCCACCAUUUUUCAACAAAGGAGAGGCGCGUACGAGCAAUAAAGGAGAUGGCUCGUAUCUUGAGAAUAGGAGGCCAGAUAAUGAUAUACGUGUGGGCAAUGGAGCAGAACCGGCGAAAAUUUGAAAAGCAAGAUAUCUUUGUUCCUUGGAAUCCAUCACCUCCUUCCUGCGCAUCGGGUAACCCUUGUUCACGUGGAAUAUGGAAACUGAUUAAUCAGAAGGACAAAAAGCUGGCCUUGAACCAGCACUCCCACAAGUCAGAUGGGCCUUUGGAAGCACACAUGAAAGCAAGGAGUUCAUCCUAUGAGGGGGAGAAGGAAAUCAUGUGCACAUUGUUUGAAAAAUCCCUGAGAUGGUCUCUAGUCUCAGAAUCACUUGGUUCAGCAUUAGACUUCAGUAAUCAGUGGCACCAAGGAGAGAUUUGCACAUACUGCACUUACAAUUUUCAGCUGAAUGAGCCAGAUGGAAAAACGGAUUUUGAACAAACAAGGCAAAGUAGCUUUAUGAAGCAUAUUUCCAACUUGCUUCCAAGCUGCAGACAGAUUUCUGAAGAUAAUGCUUUUGAAGUGGCCGUGGAACCAGGGCCACUUAUGUCAUAUCACUCUGCGGCCUUCAAAAGUUGUUCAGAAUUAAGCCAGGACACUAAGCAGCUUCCAGUAGCUGCAGAUAUAAUUCAUGAUGGCAGCAGAGUGUGUUUACCUGACCUGGUUUCCCACAACAAAGACCCAGCUGUCAGACAGCAACUUAAAAUAGAUCACCACUCAAAACAAGUAGCUUUUUGCAGACCCCAAAACAAAAGCAAAAUAAGCAGUUCUUUGGAGGGAACAGGUAAAGAGGAUACAAUAAGCACACACAACAAACAGCAGCAAAUAAGCUCAAAUGGGGCUUGUCUUAGGUAUUACCAUGUCUUUAAAAAAGGGGAGUUGGCUGAACUGAUAGAACAUCAGGUUCCUGAGUUACGUAUUAUUCAUUCAUACUUUGACCAUGCAAACUGGUGCGUAAUUGCAGAAAAGACACCUGGGUGGAACAUUUAGCAGAUGAUUUUGAAAGACACAAAGGGCAGUAGGUAACUGACUUAUUGAAAGUCAAUAGGAGUUCAGUACCUUUGAAAACCUUAUACUAAAUCCUUUUAUUCUCAUUGCUUUUAUGCUCUAACUUUAUUUCUUUUACUCUGUGAGUUCCACAGUCAUGUAUCUUGUCAAAAACA